GCGGUUUCCCGGGUGACGGCUGCGGAGGUGGAGGCUGGUCCGCGGCCGAAGUGCAGACAUUUUUCCUGUGAGAAUUACCAGUAACAGUUCAACAUGGGGGAUAUUCUGGCUCACGAAUCUGAAAUACUCGGACUAGUGAAAGAGUAUUUAGAUUUUGCUGAAUUUGAAGAUACCUUGAAAACGUUUUCAAAAGAAUGCAAAAUAAAAGGAAAACCAUUAUGUAAAACAGUGGGUGGAUCUUUACGGGACUCUAAAUCAUUGAUAAUUCAGAAGGAUCUUGUCUGUGCAUUUGACAAUGGAGACCAGAAGGUGUUCUUCAAUUUAUGGGAAGAACACAUUCCCAGUUCCAUCCGAAAUGGUGAUGCCCUUGCCCAGAAGUUGGAAUUCUAUCUUCACAUCCAUUUUGCCAUCUAUCCUCUGAAACAUUCUGUAGGGAGACCGGACAGAGAGGAGCUGGAGGAGAGGAUUUCUUACUUCAAAACCUACCUGGAGACCAAAGGAGCAGCGCUGAGCCAGACCACCGAGUUUCUUCCUUUCUAUGCCCUUCCUUUUGUUCCCAACCCUAUGGUACACCCUUCAUUUAAAGAACUCUUUCAGGAUUCCUGGACUCCAGAGUUAAAGUUGAAGUUGGAAAAGUUUCUAGCUUUAAUAUUUAAAGCUAGCAACACGCCGAAGCUUUUAACAAUUUAUAAGGAGAAUGGACAAAGUAACAAAGAAAUGUUGCAGCAGCUGCACCAGCAGCUGGUCGAAGCUGAACGUAGGUCAAUGACAUACCUGAGACGGUACAACAAGAUCCAAGCAGACUACCACAAUCUUAUUGGAGUCACAGCAGAGCUAGUGGAUUCUCUCGAGGCCACAGUCAGUGGCAAGAUGAUCACUCCUGAGUACCUCCAGAGUGUCUGUGUCCGCCUCUUCAGCAACCAGAUGCGGCAGAGCCUGGCUCAUAGCGUGGACUUCACAAGGCCUGGGACGGCUUCUACCAUGUUACGAGCUUCCUUGGCACCCAUGAGAUUGAAAGAUGUCCCAUUACUGCCCUCCCUGGAUUAUGAGAAACUGAAGAAGGAUUUGAUUUGGGGGAGUGAUCGCUUAAAAGCCUUCUUGUUGCAGGCUCUGCGCUGGCGCUUGACCACCUCCCAUCCUGGAGAGCAGAGGGAGACAGUUCUGCAGGCCUACAUCAGCAACGACCUCUUGGACUGUCAUAGCCACAACCAGUUCUCCCAUCCAACUUCUAACCAGGCCAUACACUGCUUAGCUUCUAAGGCCAGACAAAAUCAGAGGAAUGUGCUUCAGUUGCUGCACUCAAAGAGUGAGGUGGUGCGGCAGUACAUGGCCAGGCUCAUCAACGCGUUUGCGUCACUAGCUGAAGGUCGCCUCUACCUUGCUCAGAACAAAAUGGUGCUAUGGAUGCUGGAGGGAAGGCUGAAGGAGGACAAGGAUGUCAUCACCCGGGAGAAUGUCCUUGGGGCCUUGCAAAAGUUCAGCCUCAGGCGCCCGCUGCAGACAGCGAUGAUUCAAGAUGGUCUCAUCUUUUGGCUGAUUGAUAUUCUGAAGGACCCUGAUUGCCUGUCUGACUACACACUGGAGUACUCAGUGGCUUUGCUUAUGAACCUCUGCCUCCGGAGUGCAGGGAAGAACAUGUGUGCCAAGGUGGCAGGCCUCGUGCUCAAAGUUCUUUCAGAUCUGCUUGGCCAUGAAAACCACGAGAUCCAGCCGUAUGUGAAUGGAGCUCUGUACAGCAUCCUUUCUAUUCCGUCCAUCCAGGAGGAAGCGAAAGCAAUGGGGAUGGAAGACAUCCUACGCUGCUUCAUCAAAGAAGGCAACGCUGAAAUGAUCCGCCAGAUAGAAUUUAUCAUCAAGCAGCUUAAUUCUGAAGAACUACCAGAUGGUGUUCUUGAAUCUGAUGAUGAUGAAGAUGAAGAUGAUGAGGAGGACCAUGACACCAUGGAAGCUGAUCUGGACAAAGAUGAACUGAUCCAGCCCCAGCUUGGAGAACUCUCAGGCGAGAAGCUUCUGACCACGGAGUACUUGGGAAUCAUGACCAACACGGGGAAGGUGAAGCGGAAGGGGCUGGUCAGUGUGCAGUGGAGUGUGGACGAGCCCCUGCGCCGCCCCGUCACCCCUGGGGGCCACAGGAACGGGUACCCAGCGCUGGAAGACCAUCUCAUUUCUCCCCAGGCGGCCCAACAUGCCAGAACCGUCUGCCCACAGGCUCUGCCCAGCACUCAUCAGGCAGUCUACAGGGAGGGCAAGCCCAGCACUCCCGGGGCCUGCGUCUCCUCUUCACAUAAGAACCUUGGCAGCAAGCUGGCAGCCAUUGACACCAGGCCUAGAGAGUGGAUGCCAGCGGGACGUCAAGAAGAGCCUUACCUGUCCCACUCAGGGGCCCCCAGCCAGCCAAGGGAGGUGCCCCGGGACCCAGGCGGUGGAGAGGCCACCAGGGAACUUACAUCAGGCUUCACCUGUAAGCCCCGGACAGCCCAGACUCCAGAGAUCCUGGACCGGAUCCCCCCCAAGGCAAAGGCGUCAGCUCUGGCCCCUCAAUUCUCUUCCUGUGGCCCCCAGCAGGCCAGCCGCCCCAGCUCCAUGGCAUCCUCCAUGAGGGGCCUGCAAAGCAGCCAAUCUUACAGGAAGUGAGGAUGGUGUCUUUCCCUGAUGUCACCGUCAUUGCCUGAGGAUCAGCCAGCUUCCCAUUCUGAGCCCAGUGGCAGCUGCAGGCGAUGGAUGUGAAGGGACAGUUGAGGAAAGGCCAUCGCAGCCCCACUGUCCAGGUCACUUCCUCACCAGGACACUGCUUCCCCAGGCAGCCUGCUCCUUUCCUCCUGGUGGGGGGCAGUUCCCUGGUCACCUUUCACACACAGAGGAGGCUUUUGUCCUCAGGAGACCCUCUGGCCCCAGGAACAGUAGGCUCUGGAUUCGGAUUCAGCAGCCCAGCCCUCCCAGGCCCCAGAUGGCAGGCAAGGUUGGAGGCCAGAUCCACGCCAGUUCCAUCUCCCAGGCUCAUGAGGAGGAACCAGAGCCUCAAGAGCUCAGCCCAGCAGCGGGGCCUUUCCCAAGACUGCUGACCAGGGUUGCCUUGGCAGAACCAGCUCUCCUCACUCAGACCAAAUACUUGGAAACAGAAGGGAUUUGGAAUAAGGGAAACUCCUUCCCAAGCCAUGUGCCUCAGCACCAGAUUUUCUAUUUUCCUUCUCUUAAAAUCUGAUGAAGAAUAUGGUGUGUUCCAAUCUCUUCAAAGCAGCCUGCGCUCCUGCACACGGGUCUAAAGGCCUUCGGAAGCUGACCAGUUUGAGCAGGGAAUGCCUUCUGCUUCCCUCCCUCCAUGCGGACCUCAGAUGCAGACAGCUCCCCUGACCAAAUUCUAGUGCCACUGGGGAGGCAGGUGUCAUCAGGGCCAUGUCUCAGGACUGGAAGGAUGUUUGCCUUCAGGGCCAACAUGGCACAGGUGUCCUGGAUGUGACCCAAGCCAUAAAACCAUAAAAUCAAACAAAAUUAAUCAGUACUGACAUGGUCGUGUGUGUUAGAGAGAGAGAGAGAGAGAGAGACGGGAAAUGAAAACAAUCAAUCAUAUGUUCUACCCCUGGGUACUUUAUCUGCCCUGGCAAGGCCCUUUAGUAGGGACAUCCUUGUCCCACUGGCCAUAAAUAAAAGGUAAGCACUGCGUUUUUCAGUGGCCUUCUGACUCCUCAGGAUGGCAGGCAAGAGGCCAGGUUACCCAUGAGAUGACAUCAUGGGCCAGGACCCCAGUGACUCUCCUGAGUUCUUGGUAGUGGCUGCAGGCUGGGCACAUUAGAACUCUGCUAUAAGCCCAGCCCCACAGCCACAUCUCGGUUCUCUGGGACUGAGUGAGGCCAGCACUGUCUGCUCUUGGUACAGAAAGCUGCCAUCUUGGACUGUCAACUCCAGAGCUCCUGACCCGACCUGACCUGCGGGGGCAGAAAGAGAGAACACAAACACUCAUUGUCGGUGUUGUCAGUGUGAGCAGAGAGGGAAGGAGAGGGUUUCUGAAACGCAAUCACUCUGUGGUGAAACUUUGAAAAGGUGUAAUGGUAGCUCGGCACCCAUAGCACAGUGGUUACGAUGCCAGCCACAUACACUGAAGUUGGUGGGUUCAAACGCGGCCCGGGCCAGCUAAACAAUAAUGACAACUGCAACAAAAAAUAGCAGGGCAUUGUGGCGGGCGCCUGUAGUCCCAGCUUCUUGGGCGGCUGAGGCAAGAGAAUCGUCUAAGCCCAAGAAUUUGAGGUUGCUGUGAGCUGUGAUGCCACAGCACUUUACCGAGGGCCAUAAGUGAGACUCUUGUCUCUACCAAAAAAAAAAAGGUGUAAUGGAAAAAUCUUUCCUGUUGCCCCCAAUAAAUCCACACCCGAGUUCAGAUUCCUCAGAUGCUGCUGCCUGGCACAGCCUCUCCCCUUCUUGGCAUGGGAGCCAAAGAGACCUGCGGGGGUGGGACAGUCAUCAGUUUUAGCCCAGUGUCUCUGUGCUGUGAAAGCAACUGCGCUUCCUCCCUGGAGCCCACCAAAGAGCUGACUCUGGUUAUAAGUGUCUAGUUAUUGUGGGAGAAGAAAAGAUAAUCUCUUAGUGAACAAGGGAGUAUCCAAUUUAGGGUCAAAAUACACUGAGAUUACCAGGUGAGGUCUGGGUGGUUCUUUCGGGAAAUACUGUAAAUACUACCCAGGCCUCUGCACCACACCCCUGGGAGAGUCCACUCCCAGACACUCGCUUCUACAUUCCAAGGCUAAAGGCUCGAAAUGUACUUUGUAAAACACCAGCAACUUGGCUGGUCCAAAGGUAGUGAGCUAUCGCACUUGAUUGUUCACAGUUACAGACUGAACUCCUUGUUCUGCUCUUUCCCACCUUCUCACUACUGCACUUGACUGGUCUUUAAAAAAAAUGAAAAAAAAAAAAAAAAAGAAACACCAGCAACUUAAUCUUAAAUAUUCCAGCAACUGGCUUCAGUGAGUUAGCACAGGUUACAUACGAACACAAUCUAAGGGGGAAAAAAAUCAAAUAUACAAAUAAACCAAAACAUUUUUGAAAGUCAUCUGGAGAUCUAUUCAGAUUGCUCAUACAGUUUGCCCAUGAAAACUAUCCAGGGACACCACCGAGAGGAAUUGGAACUAGUGAAAAAUGGAGAGCCUUUAGGUAGACCAGGCUCCUCUGCGCAUGGGCACUAGGCGCUCUCAGGUUACCUCACACCUCUGAUUUCUUCUAAGUAGUGGAGAGCUCAUUCUCAGCCAGGUGGGGCUGCUUGGCAAGGUUAAGUUAAAUUGGGACCCUUGGCAAGGAAUGUAAGAGACAGGUAGAGGUUUUGGAUCCAGUCAGAUAUCAGAGGCCAGUCAGCACGUUGGGAAGGAUUUGGCCAAAAUUAAAAGAGCUAAAUAAAAAAAGAAAACAAAUGAACAAGUAAGAUUAAUGCUAAAAGAAAAUCCAUGAUAGGGCAGCGCCUGUGGCUCAGUGAGUAGGGCGCCGGCCACAUAUACCAAGGGUGGCAGGUUCGAACCCAGCCCCUAGCCGAACUGUAACAAAAACUAGCCGGGCGUUGUGGCGGGCACCUGUAGUCCCAGCUACUUGGGAGGCUGAGGCAAGAGAAUCGCCUAAGCCCAGGAGUUAGAGGUUGCUAUAAGCUAUGACACCACAGCACUCUACCGAGGGCAAUAAAGUGAGAUUGUCUCUAAAAAAAAAGAAAAGAAAAGAAAAUCCAUGAUAAGCAAAAUGCCAGGCUUUUUAAUAAAAACAAGUAUGACCCUGUUCUUGGAUGACUCUACCUGGAUUGCGUAACCCUCGUCCCAGCAAUGAUUCCAAUAAAACUUUAU